AUGCAAGAGGCACUAGAGACAAGGGCAUCAAAUGAUCGUCCACCCCCUAUAGUUUCAGAAGCUGCAGCCAUAUGGGUUCCUCCCAAAGCAGGUAUAUUUAAGGUUAAUUUCAGUGUGUUUGUUAUAGAUUUAGGCCAAACCUAUGGCAUAGGAGUUGUCAUUAGGAAUGAACUGGGGGUGUUUAUGGUUGGACUCUCAAAGAAAAUGGAUGCAACUUGGGCAAAUCAGGGAACUCAAGCAGCUGGUUUGUAUGGAAUGAGUGAAGCCAUUAUCAUUUCACAGCAACAGGGGUUUGAUGAGAUAAUCAUUGAAGGAGACUUACCCAAUGUUUUGAAGAUAUUCAAAGAAUCAAGAGAUGUGACUUCUUCAAUGGGUCUCAGAGUUAUUGAUAUAGCAAAUGAAUUACGAAAAUUCCGUUCUUAUGAAGUGGCGAUUGUCAGUAGACAGGGCAAUAGGGUAGCAACUAGAUUAGCUUAA